GCGUGCACGCGAGAUGCUUGAAAUUUCAUCGUCCUCCAAUCGUCUCAUCGUCCAAUCCAAUGCGAAGGUCGCCGAAUUGAGCGUAUAAAAGCAGCCGCCAUGGACAUCGAAACGUUCCGCGUCCGCGGCAGGCAGAUGAUAGAGUACAUCUGCGAAUUUGUGAGCACCAUCCAUACCAGGAGGGUCACGCCAGACAUCGGCCCCGGCUAUCUCAGGCCUCUGCUGCCGUCAGAGCCGCCGAAUGAUCCGGAGUCGUGGGAUGAGAUCAUGAAGGACGUGGAAUCGAAGAUCAUGCCGGGGAUCACGCAUUGGCAGCAUCCAAGGUUCCACGCCUACUUCCCGGCGGGAAAUUCCUUUCCCUCUAUUCUGGGUGACAUGCUGUCCAACGCGAUCGGCUGCAUUGGAUUUUCUUGGGCGGCCAGUCCAGCCUGCACGGAGCUGGAAACGAUAGUCUGCGAUUGGUUCGGCAAGGCGAUUGGGUUGCCCACGGACUUCCUAUACUUUAGCGAAGGCAGCAACGGCGGUGGCGUUAUACAGGGCUCGGCGUCGGAAUGCGUCCUCGUGUGCAUGCUGGCCGCUCGGGCGCAAGCGAUUGCUAGGCUCAAGGCAUCCCCCGCGUACGCACACUUGGACGAAACCGUGUUGCUCGGCAAGCUGAUGGCGUAUUGCAGCCGAGAGAGUCAUAGUUGCGUCGAGAAGGACGCAAUGAUAUGCUUCGUGACGCUGCGCAUCCUCGAGCCCGACGAGAAGAGCGUGCUCCGUGGCGAGACCUUGCAGCAGGCAAUCGAGAAAGAUAUAGCUCAGGGUUACGUUCCUUUCUUCGUCUCGACGACACUCGGCACAACCGCUUGUUGUUCGUUCGACAACCUCAAGGAGAUCGGGCCGGUUUGCAAGAAAUAUCCAGGGGUCUGGCUUCAUGUGGACGCUGCUUAUGCCGGGAACGCUUUCAUCUGUCCGGAAUUGAAAUACUUGAUGGCAGGCAUCGAAUACGCCGAUUCCUUCAAUACCAAUACCAACAAGUUUCUGUUGACGAAUUUCGACUGCUCCUGUCUUUGGGUGCGCGACAGAUUCAAGUUGACCAGCGCUCUCGUCGUGGACCCGCUUUACCUCAAGCAUACGCAUGCGGAUACGACUAUAGAUUACCGACACUGGAGCAUACCGCUGAGUAGACGAUUCCGUUCGCUUAAAUUAUGGUUCGUAAUACGAUCUCAUGGAAUAUCUGGCUUGCAAACCUACAUUCGAAACCAUGUGCGACUUGCUAAAAGAUUCGAGGCUCUUGUCAGAAAGGACUCCAGAUUCGAAGUUUGCAACGACGUGGUGCUGGGCUUGGUAUGUUUUCGCGCCAAAGGCACCGAUAAAUUGAAUCAGAAAUUGCUAAGCGCCAUUAACGAUUCCGGGAAAUUACACAUGGUCCCGGCGCAAGUUAAUCAACGCUACACGAUACGUUUCGCGCUCGCUGCGCCUAACGCAUGCGGUGAGGAUAUCGAUGUUGCAUGGAGCAUUAUAACGGAUUACCUAGCCGAAAUGUUGGAAUCUAAAGACGUGAUGGACGAGCUAGCGGACAUCCGCGAGAAGAAGAGGAAAGCCACUCUGGAGCAACGAAGAUCUUUCUUCGUGCGCAUGGUGUCUGAUCCUGCGAUUCAGCCAGGCUUCACAAAAACCCCGAACAGAGCUGGAUCCAAGCUCGACACGCAGACAACGAUCAGCGGUAUCGGAUCGAAUACUCAUUAUCUUUCCUUAUCUUCUUCCAGGCGGUCCUGGAUAUCCUGGCCGCUUGAGUACCUGAUGCAGGCAAAGGAAGCUGCUGAUAGAAGCGAGGUGUCGCUUAGGUUUCGCCACUUGGACGCUAUGGUUCGCUUGAAGGCUAGCGGCACCGGAAGUCGUCGUGGUAGCAGCAACGGAUGCAGCCCUGAUCCGUCCCCGUCCGCCUCGCCUUCGCGUGGCAGGUCACCCAACGGCAGGACGUAAUCGUGUUGCUCGCACAACGAUCCUUCUUUAUUCGCGCGAUCUUUGCGAGGAGUCCUCCAGAUCACGACGGACGGCUCCUCGUGCUCUCCGAGAAACUCGGACGUGUUCCGAGGAGGCAGAUAGAGGAGAAACCUAACUAGCUAUCACUUCACACCGGGAACCGAUAACUGCCGACGAUCUCGAUAUCAAGACCCAUCUUAGACGAGCUAUUAGUGCGAACCAGCAUCAAAGAGCUUGUUUCCAGACCGCCGAGUCCUAAUUGUUCAAAAUUAAAUAUUCUGUAUCGAAAAAUUACGGAACAAACCUGACACAACAACAAAUCCGUAUUCCUCAAAGGUGAUGAUUAUGAGUUAAGUUUCUCAUAGCCUUGCAACAUGCG